UUUUUUUCCCCUUCCCAUGGCGAGCAUGCGCAAUGGCAGCUGCCAACCAGCUCUUUCAACUGUCUUUGCUUGCGCGGGCCUUGGUUUGGAGACGACAGAGGAGCCGGCAAAGCAACGCGGUGCUGCUGCGUGUUCGCGCGUUGCGGCGGUCCUCGCAGAGCAAGGCCCCUUAGACUGUGAAUGUGUGGAACGGACAACUCAGGUAUCAUGAUGUUUUGGAACAUGGGACACAGAGAACUCCUUCUCCAACUUUGCCUGUUGACUUUUGCCUCUUUUGCGUGGGCCGGCACAGAAGACUCCCAGCCUCCCAUCACAGCAGCCUCCUUCGUGCAGGACCUCUUCCUUCGAUAUGGAGAAAAUGACAAGCUCACUCUGCAGCAGCUUAAAGCUCUGUUGAACCGUCUUGAUGUGGGAGUUGGGCGGGACAACGUUAGUCACACAGAACAGCAACAUAGGAACCUUUCCUGGUGCUUCAGUUCUUCAGAGCUCUUUGCCACCCACAAUCUGAGUGAAGGGUCCCACCUUGGCCAGCAGGAGUUCCAGGAUUUCUGCCCAGCUAUCUUGCAACAGUUGGAGUCCAAGGCCUGCAUGUCAGAGAAUCUGGAGAAUGAAGAAGAUGAACAGACAGAAGAAGGGAAACCCAGCUCUGCAGAAGUUUGGGGUUACGGUUUCCUCUGUGUGACCGUCAUCUCCCUCUGCUCCUUGGUCGGAGCCAGUGUGGUGCCUUUCAUGAAGAAGACCUUUUACAAGCGACUGCUCCUGUACUUCAUAGCUCUGGCGAUUGGAACUCUCUACUCCAAUGCCCUCUUCCAGCUAAUUCCUGAGGCCUUUGGAUUCAAUCCUCAGGAGGACUAUUAUGUCUCCAAAUCUGCAGUGGUCUUUGGAGGCUUUUACCUGUUCUUUUUCACAGAGAAAGUACUGAAGAUGCUUCUGAAACAGAAAGAUCAGCAGCAUCAUGGUCAUAGCCACUACAGCCCUGAGACCCUUCCUUCCAAGAAGGACCAGGAAGAGGGAGUCACUGAGAAACUUCAGAAUGGGGACUUGGAUCACAUGAUCCCGCAUACGAAUAGUGAUCUGGAAUGCAAGAAUCCCUCUGUAGAUAAGAAUAUUGUUGGUUCCUUGUCUGUCCAGGACCUCCAGGCUUCUCAGAGCACAUGUUACUGGCUGAAGGGUGUGCGUUAUUCUGACAUUGGCACCCUGGCCUGGAUGAUCACCCUGAGUGAUGGCCUUCAUAACUUCAUUGAUGGCUUGGCCAUUGGUGCCUCCUUCACUGUGUCAGUCUUCCAAGGAAUCAGCACCUCGGUGGCCAUUUUUUGUGAAGAAUUUCCUCAUGAGCUAGGUGACUUUGUCAUUCUGCUGAAUGCUGGGAUGACAAUCCAGCAAGCACUCUUCUUCAACUUCAUAUCGGCUUGCUGCUGCUAUGUUGGGCUAGCCUUUGGGAUACUGGCUGGCAGCCACUUCUCAGCCAACUGGAUCUUUGCUCUAGCUGGUGGGAUGUUUCUCUACAUUGCACUGGCUGAUAUGUUCCCAGAGAUGAAUGAAGUCAGCCGAGAAGAUGAAAGGAACGGCAGUGCUUUGAUUGCCUUUGCCAUCCAGAAUGCAGGACUGCUGACAGGAUUCACCAUCAUGUUGCUGCUCACCAUGUACUCUGGACAGAUCCAAAUUGGAUAAAGAAAUACUCAGUUGCUUGGGAAGGUCUUUCUCCCUGCAGGUAUAUGGACCCUGUAAAGUUGCAAUGCCAAGGAUUACUGAAGGAGGGCCCUUUUGUGAAACCUGCUUCAUAGACUUCUUAUUGAUUGACCUGCAGUGACUGAUGAAAUCCCUUGCUAUGGGCUUAAGUGAUCUAAGAACCAUUUCCUACUGUAGCAGCCCUUUCUCUUUCACCACCCUGCAGGUGUUUCUUUAAGGGCUCCACCCACAGGAGUUAAAAUUCUUGCAUCCUAUUGGGGCUGACAGUGGACAGAACCCUUUCUGCUCCAGCAGGUUUGAUCUGAAAGCCAGAGAGCUCAUCUCUAUCUUCCUGACUCUCCUUCUGUUCACAGGCAAUAAGAAUUGCUGAAGAGAAUAAUAUUAAUUCACAGCUUUAUUUAAACACCUGAUUAUUAAAACAGGUUAUAUGUUCCCUGGUUGAACAGGUUAACUGGACAGGUUUAAUACAAAAUGCCUGCUUAAAAGAGACAUUUCCUUCUGAAAGGGAGAGCAGUGGAAUGCCUCUUCUAAAGUGGUGUUUGCUAUUAACACAUGGGUGCAUAAUCCCUGCAAUACUUCCUUUAAAACUAAUGUUUGUUCAUAUGGAUUUAGAUAAAUCUAAUUAGUUGAACUUGAACAAUUAAACCUAGGAUUUCUUUAAUUGGAUGAUGGUACUAGCUAUAAGCCCUAUAUAGGUCCAAAAAGGAAACAAAUGAUUGUCCUACAUGACCAGUUUCUGGGUCCUUUCCACACCCACACACCAAAUUACAAGUUUUGUUUGGUAAUAGGUUUAUUUCUGGGACACCGUGUGGCUAAAUUAGCCUUCCUCUUAACUUCUGUCUUCCUUCAAAAGAUUCACACAUGUGCAGGUCCCUUAAGCUGCUUCUGUAGGGUGAAUCUGACCAGUGGAGUGUCUCCUAAUCUCUGGCAAAGUCUGGUUAUAUUGAACAGUUCACUUGCACCUUUUGAGGCCUCUGCAUUAGCCAGAGCAGUCUAUGAAAAGUUAAAGCCCAAAUUGGGGGACCAGGUAGGUUUGUCUUGAGCUUUACUCCAGGACUAGACUUCCCAGAGUCACUAGGUGAACUGAUGUAUUAUUAUCAUAUUGAUAAUAUUGAGUGCUUCAGCUUUGGUCUCUAGCAAAUAUUCUACCUUGCAUAAUCAUUUUGAGAGUUUGUGAGUGUUGCUUGAUCAGUGGGAAGCCUCAGUUCCUUAGUGAACAGUGGACUUUCCAUUCUUUCUGGCUGAUUAAACCCCCCCCCC